AUGGGCUCAAUCAAUGACCUCUCUCCCACAGCCGGGCAGGCACUAGACACCACUGUCCUAGGCUUCAACUCGGGCACAUCCAUGGACGGCAUCGACUGCGCACUCUGUCCUUUCAGCCCACAAACACCCCAAGACCCCCUGCAAUUUGCACUCAUCGCCUACGACGAGGAGCCGCUCGAGCCGACCAUCAAGACGCACGUCAUGAACAUGAUUCUGCACAACACCACCACCCCAGAGAAGCUCUCCGAGGUCAACGUUCCCCUGCGUGAGGCCUUUUUCGAUGCCGUCAGGUUGUUCUGCAAGAAGAACAACGUCGACGCCCAAAUCACCGCGGACGCCAUUGGCUCCCACGGACACACCAUCUGGCUGCUGAGCAUGCCCGAUCACGGAUUUCAGGGUGUCAGACCAAGCGGCUGGCCGUCAGGGCGCGCGCCGCUCAUUGCCUUCUUCGACGCUCUCGUUCUCCAUCACCCUACCAAGCUGCGCGCCUGCCAGAAUAUUGGCGGUGUAGCCAAUGUCUGCUUCAUCCUGCCCGACGUGAACGGAAAACUCAACGACGAGUUCUUCGACUUUGACAUGGGCCCCGGCAACGUCUUCAUUGACGCCGCUGUCCGAUAUUUCACCAACGGUGAACAAGAGUACCAUAAAGACGGCGCCAUGGGCAAGGCCGGCCGCGGGGUCUUCCGGGACACCAUUGCCUACGAGCUCAUCAAGCGAGGUCUUGCCAAGGGCCUCACGCCAAACGACAUUGUGGCCACCAUCACCCGCAUGCAUCACCGUCUAGGCCAUUGUCGAGCAUUAACACAGCUAUAUGCCCACUGCGCGGUCUUUCCCGAUACAAGCAUCGUUCUGCUCGACGAGGCAGAUAUCCCCGCCGGGACCAAGGGAGCCAUUUUGCUCGCGUGGCAGGGCACGGAGACCAUGGUUGGCCGCAGCAUUCCCGUUCCGAACCGCGUCGAGGUUAGUGGUCGGAAUCAUAUCAAUCUUGUGAGAGAGAUUGUCAACUAUGUCGACGGAAAGGUGUUUGACAACAAGACGUGA